AAAUUUCUUUCCCCUCUGCAGCAGGCUUUCUCAUCCCUCUGUGUAGGGGCACGAGAAGGACAGUUAUUUUGUAAGCGGCGGUGCUUAACUGCUGAAUUCUGGCUUUGCUUCAGUGGGCCUGUGGAUUUUUGUUCCUCCCUGUUUCUGCAAAAUAAGUUGAGCAGGCAAAAUGGACUUUUCCAAGCUACCCAAAAUCCGUGAUGAGGACAGAGAGGCUUUUGUUGGCUAUGUCCAUGGAGUCUCGGGACCUGUGGUCACGGCGUGCAACAUGGCUGGUGCUGCUAUGUACGAGCUGGUACGAGUAGGCCACAGUGAACUGGUGGGGGAGAUUAUCCGACUGGAAGGGGAUUUGGCAACUGUGCAGGUGUAUGAAGAAACAUCUGGUGUCUCUGUAGGAGAUCCUGUACUCCGUACUGGCAAACCCUUGUCAGUGGAACUAGGGCCUGGCAUUAUGGGAGCUAUUUUUGAUGGUAUCCAGAGGCCUCUCUCAGACAUCAGCACUCUGACCAAAAGUAUCUAUAUCCCUAGAGGUGUCAACGUGUCAGCUUUGAGCCGAGAUGUCAAAUGGGACUUCACGCCUUCCAAAAAUCUGCGGGUUGGCAGCCACAUCACUGGUGGAGAUAUUUAUGGUGUGGUGAAUGAAAACUCCCUUAUCAAACACAAAAUCAUGCUGCCCCCACGGAACAGGGGUACAGUUACAUACAUUGCUCCGCCAGGAAACUAUGACACUUCAGACGUUGUCUUAGAGCUGGAGUUUGAAGGUGUGAAGGAGAAGUUCACUAUGGUCCAAGUCUGGCCAGUACGUCAAGUCCGUCCUGUUACUGAGAAGUUACCAGCCAAUCAUCCUUUAUUAACUGGUCAGCGAGUCCUGGAUGCCCUCUUCCCGUGUGUACAAGGGGGUACAACAGCGAUUCCCGGGGCGUUUGGUUGUGGGAAGACUGUGAUCUCACAGUCUCUCUCAAAAUACUCCAACAGUGAUGUCAUCAUUUAUGUAGGCUGUGGAGAAAGAGGAAAUGAAAUGUCUGAAGUACUGAGAGAUUUCCCUGAGUUAACAAUGGAAGUUGAUGGCAAGGUAGAAAGCAUCAUGAAGAGAACAGCUCUGGUAGCAAAUACCUCCAACAUGCCUGUGGCUGCCAGAGAAGCCUCUAUCUAUACUGGAAUCACCCUCUCUGAGUAUUUCCGGGACAUGGGCUACCAUGUCAGUAUGAUGGCAGACUCUACUUCCCGAUGGGCUGAGGCCCUCAGAGAAAUUUCAGGGCGACUGGCUGAAAUGCCAGCUGACAGUGGUUAUCCAGCCUACCUUGGUGCCCGUCUAGCCUCUUUCUAUGAGCGAGCUGGCAGAGUGAAGUGUCUGGGAAAUCCUGAAAGGGAAGGCAGCGUCAGCAUUGUUGGAGCUGUCUCUCCCCCAGGUGGUGACUUCUCUGAUCCUGUCACAUCUGCUACUCUGGGCAUUGUUCAGGUUUUCUGGGGUCUGGAUAAGAAGCUGGCACAACGCAAGCACUUCCCCUCUGUCAACUGGCUGAUCAGUUACAGCAAAUACACACGUGCCCUGGACGAGUACUACGACAAGCAUUUUACAGAGUUUGUCCCUCUCAGGACAAAAGCCAAAGAGAUCCUACAGGAGGAAGAGGACCUUGCAGAGAUCGUGCAGCUUGUGGGGAAGGCUUCCUUGGCAGAAACAGAUAAAAUUACCUUGGAGGUUGCCAAGCUGAUAAAGGACGACUUCUUGCAACAGAAUGGUUAUACGCCUUAUGACAGGUUCUGCCCUUUCUACAAAACUGUGGGAAUGCUUUCCAAUAUGAUUGCGUUUUAUGACAUGGCACGCCGUGCUGUAGAAACCACAGCCCAGAGUGACAAUAAGAUCACGUGGUCCAUCAUCCGAGAGAACAUGAGCGAAAUCCUCUACAGACUUACCUCCAUGAAAUUCAAGGUAUGUUGGGAAGGAACGGGGUUGCACUGCUUUCUGUGAACUUCCAGUGACUC